AUGAAGGGCAAGGAUUUUUACGAAGACCCCGGGCACGAAACCAUGGUUUACACCACCCGGCGACGGUACACCUUCAAGGAGAAUUUUGCACAAGCAGGGACCAGUGCUCAGACGCCAACAGGGGAGCACAGUGUUUCCUUGCCUUUAGCAACUAAUCCUCUAACUGCAUUCCGGUAUCCAUCUUAG